CGAGAAAUGAGGCGUCAGAUUAAGCUCACACUUUUCCACUGAUGAGUCACGCUUGGACAGAGCCAUGCUUAGUGAUUCCAGGCUGCAAAGACAGCUGUCUCUUUUGGUCUUCCAAUGUGUCACGUCUAAAUGAGAUCUUCUCGUAAUGAUUCCCUUGCUUUGUAAUGUUGCUGCUAUAUAUAAAAACCCCAUACAGCUGUAAGGUCGUGUCAGCUGUACAAGCAGAAUUUCUCAAUGCUGGUUCGAAUAUCAGAUUCUGCAGCAGGAAACCUCUCUCUGUCUCUUAGACUCCUUUUCUUUUUGAAGCAAGACAUAUAGGCCUCUGGUCCCUGGGCAAAGGAAGGAAUAGAAAGGAAACAACGUAGCAAAUAUGGCGCUUUCGGUACAACAAGCUGAAGAGUUACGUCUCUAUCAGCAAACUUUACUCCAAGAUGGACUCAAAGAUAUGUUGGAUCACAAUAAGUUUAUAGAUUGUAUUCUGAAGAUAAAAGAAAAGGAGUUUCCCUGCCACAGGCUGGUGCUGUCAGCCUGCAGCCCUUACUUUAGGGCAAUGUUCCUUUCAGACUUGGAGGAGAGUAAGAAAAAAGAAAUUGAACUAGAAGAUGUGGACCCAGAAGUCAUGGGAAAAAUUCUUAAUUAUAUCUACACUUCUGAGAUCGAAAUCACAGAGACAAACGUGCAGGACAUAUUUUCGGUGGCCAAUAUGCUUCAGAUCCCGUCGAUAUUUACAGUAUGUGUUUCAUUCCUCCAAAAAAAGCUGUGUCUCAGUAACUGCCUGGCUAUAUUUCGACUGGGUUUGAUGCUGGACUGUGCUCGACUGGCUGUGUCUGCCCGGGAUUUUUUGUGUGAUCGUUUUAAUUUAAUCAGCAGAGAUGAAGAGUUCUACCAGCUUGCUCCGGAUGAGCUGAUAGCAAUUAUCUCCAGCGACUCCCUGAAUGUGGAAAAGGAAGAGGACGUGUUUGAGGUGGUCAUGAAAUGGGCCGCAAGGGACAAGGAGAAACGUAUCAAAGCCCUACCAGUCAUAUUUGAAAGUAUUCGCUUCCGUCUUAUCUCCCCAGACUACUUAAAGAACAAGGUGGAAAAGAAUGAGUUAGUCAAAUCCAAUAUGGAACUCUUAAAAAAACUUGAGAUGGUCAAUGAAGCCCAUAAUGGAAAAUUACCUGUCUUAAAAAAGAAGUCUUCAGCGAAAGAGGGAAAAGAUGGGGAAACAGUAGUGAAUGGAGAUGUGGAAGAAGAGGAGGAAGAAGAAUUGUUACCUGGGAUUCUGAAUGACACACUGCGGUUUGGAAUGUUCUUAAGGGACCUUAUAUUCAUGAUAAGUGACACGGGAGCUGUAGCUUAUGACCCCAGUGCAAACGAAUGCUUCUUUGCCUCACUCUCAGCACAAAUUCCCAAAAAUCACAUCAGUCUGGUAACCAAGGAAAACCAGAUCUUUGUGGCCGGCGGACUUUACUAUAAUGAGGAAAAUAAGGAUGAUCCCUUAAGCUCUUACUUCUUACAGGUACUGUGCGUGUUUUGUAGUCUCCUGGGGCAGAUAGUCACGUGGGGGACAUUUAUCAAAGUGUUCUGUUCUAAAAAGUGGUCAAAAGUGGUAAAAGUUGGGCAAUGGGGGUGCCCAUGGGGGUGGCCAGUGUCAGGGCUGUUCUGAGAAAUAUUAGGUGACGUACUAAUAACAAUUUAUGGAACUAAAAUGUAAUUUAGAACAAGAACAAUGUAUCUUAUUUACACAGACUGAUUUCUAAACACAUUUAAUGUAAUUUAAAGACACAUUACUGGGAGUAUUAUUACUGUGGAGCUCUGUUACACACUCAGACACAUUACUGUGAGUAUUAUUGCUGUGGAGCUCUGUUACACACUCAGACACAUUACUGGGAGUAUUAUCGCCGUGGAGCUCUGUUAUACACUCAGACACAUUACUGGGAGUAUUAUUACUGUGGAGCUCUGUUACACACUCAGACACAUUACUGGGAGUAUUAUCGCCGUGGAGCUCUGUUAUACACUCAGACACAUUACUGGGAGUAUUAUUGCUGUGGGGCUCUGUUAUACACUCAGACACAUUACUGGGAGUAUUAUUGCUGUGGAGCUCUUUUAUACACUCAGACACAUUACUGGGAGUAUUAUUGCUGUGGAGCUCUGUUAAACACACAGACACAUUACUGGGAGUAUUAUUGGUGUGGGGCUCUGUUAUACACUCAGACACAUUACUGGGAAUAUUAUUGCUGUGGAGCUCUGUUAUACACUCAGACACAUUACUGGGAGUAUUAUUGCUGUGGAGCUCUGUUAUACACUCAGACACAUUACUGGGAGUAUUAUUGCUGUGGAGCUCUGUUAUACACCCAGACACAUUACUGGGAGUAUUAUUGCUGUGGAGCUCUGUUAUACACCCAGACACAUUACUGGGAGUAUUAUUGCUAUGGAGCUCUGUUAUACACUCAGACACAUUACUUGGAGUAUUAUUGCUGUGGAGCUCUGUUAUACACUCAGACACAUUACUGGGAGUAUUAUUGCUGUGGAGCUCUGUUAUACACUCAGACAUAUUACUGGGAGUAUUAUUGCUGUGGAGCUCUGUUAUACACUCAGACACAUUACUGGGAGUAUUAUUGCCGUGGGGCUCUGUAAUACACUCAGACACAUUACUGGGAGUAUUAUUGCUGUGGAGCUCUGUUAUACACACAGACACAUUACUAGGAGUAUUAUUGCUGUGGAGCUCUGUUAUACACUCAGACACAUUACUGGGAGUAUUAUUACUGUGGAGCUCUGUUAUAUACUCAGACACAUUACUGGGAGUAUUAUUGCUGUGGGUUUAGCCCAAACCCUUCAGAUGAGGUGGUCCAUCAAUUGAUGCCCCAGUUGAGUGCUGAGAACCAAGAAGCACGGGACUACGAGUACCAACUGUGGAGUUUGGGGGUAUUGACACCCCGUCUCCAGCGACAGAGUGAGUUACAGGGAGAGGAGAGCAGCGACCUCCCUUCCCAGCGGCAGUGCACCGUACAGAGGGAAGAGACAACUGGUCUCUCUCCCCAGCGGCGGCCUAAGUUCCAGGAGGAGGUGAUGGUAGAUCCCUCCCCCGUACAGCAACCAGCGUCUUGGGGAGGGGAGGCUACCAUCCUCCCUCUCCAACAGCAGCUGGAGGUGGGCGACCUCAUAGACUUGUCCUGGGGACACACAGAAAUGGCCAGCGGAGAUGGGACCGAAGUCUCUCUGCUGGCCCUACAGGGAUGCUGGGCAGUCAGCCCAGGUCCCCAGCGGCAGUAUAAUAUACAGGGAGAGGAGACAACUGGUCUCUCUCCCCAGCGGCGGCCUGAGUUCCAGGAGGAGGUGAUGGUCGAUCCCUCCACCUUACAGCAACCAGCCUCCCCCUCCAACAGCAGCCAGAGAUACCGGGAGAGGGGGAAGACAAACCUAACCACACUGGCGCAGAUGGGACCGCGGUCUCUGUGCCAGUCCUUCAGGGAGUCUGGACGGGCGGUCCAGAUACCCAACUAACCCCGCAGGGAUGCCAGGAGGAGGAGGUAAGCGAAACUUCCCCUCCCCAGCUACAUCCCAACCGGGUCCUGGGGGCAGUGGAUGAGCCUGCGAUAAGAGGUGGCUGGCAUCUGGGCAGAAGAAGAGCUGGCAGCUGGGCAGAGCUCUGUUAGCCUCUGCCCCCACUUUUCCCCUGUAUCAGAGCCUGACUUACCACGGGUUACCCCAGUGGAAGAGCUGGCAGCAGGGCAGAGCGCCGCUGGCCUCUGCCCCCCAACCAACACCAGCAGUUUGCCGAGCUGCACCAGAGAGACCGAGAGUGCUGCGCUGUCCCACUUCAAACUUGAACCUACAGGCCAGUACCAUUUAUUGUGGGGGGGUUACUCUGCGUAUUUUUCUUUGUGGGUGGGCUGCCCGACUCACCUAGGUACUGACCGGCAGAAGGUCAGGUACCUGUUUAGUCUUCCCCCCAAAGGGAAGAUGUGUGACGAAGUGCCCUUCGCCACUUGUGCCUGGAGGGGACUACUGGCUAGCCUCCUGCCUUCCGACUGUGGCCCAUGUGCUGAUAGCGGUAUUUUCCCCUGCAGAAAGGUUUAUUUGUGUAUUUCUGCUGGGGCGUUCUGGACUUUCAGUAUGGUAGUAGUGCUACCCCAGAUAGCUAUGCCAUGGAGCCUAUUUGUGUAACAAAAGACUAUGGAAAAGACUUUGGCUCCACGGCGAUUGAAUUGUAUGUAUGUGAUCUGAGCGCCAUUCAAUAAUAAUGUGCACUCAGAUCUAAGCUAUCUGGGGAUAUUUUGCAUGUAUAUGUUUUAUGUAGUAAUUGUAACAUUGUGUAAUUUUAUGUAUUUUUGUAACCAUGUGGUUAAUGGAGUCUUGCCUCUGUCUUGGGAGAUAAUUUGAUUACUUCCCAAUUAUCUCCAGGAUAGAGAGGAGGGAUUGUGAUGUCACUGUGGGAGUGUUUUAUUUGUAUUGUCUGUGAUUGGUUAUACUAGGUCCCACCCUGUGGGAUGUCCCCUUGCAUGGGGACUUGCAUAAAAGCCAGUGUGUGGUCAUUAAAACCAGAUCAUCUUGUGCCAUAAAUUACAAUGGGGGGACCUACUGUCCUCCCCCCCCGGCCCCCACCCUUGAGCGGUGAGUGGGGCCAUGAAGAUAAUGGGGGGGGGGCUACUGUCCUCCCCCCGGCUCCCACCCCAAAUUACAAUGGGGGGGACCUACUGUCCUCCACCCCCGACCCCCCAUGUCUUCCAAAGAACGCUGUGUAAAAUGACAAAGAGCACUCUGAUUGGCUUAAACCCACCAAUGAGAGUGCUCUGAGCCUAAUUGCAGGGUGGGGGAAGGCUUUAUAAGCCUUCCCCCGCCCUGCAGAGCUCAGUCUGCGCGGAGCCCUCCAUGGGUGAAGAUGGAAUUUUUUUUUUCGUCAGGUUUUUUCUUUUAUUUUAAGUUCGACGGGUAUGAUGAUUUUUUAUUUGGCCUUUUUUGGGGCUGAAAAAUGAAGAUUUUAGAAAAAAGAAGACGUCAAAUGGUAAGUUAAAUUUUUCUUUACAGGUUAGUUAUUUUAUUCCCCCCUUACUAUUUUUUUUAGGGUGAGGGGGGUAGGUAGGGGGUAACUUUCUAUUUGGGGGGGUGGGGGGGUGGGUGACUAGGGGCUUGGGGACCCAUAGUCACCUUUGAUGGGGGGGGAUUUGUCUUAGGCCCCCACCCGCCUGCCAGGGGUGGGGGCCGGGGGGGGGGAGAUCACUAGUUCCCCCCCCUCAUUAUCUUUAUGACACCCACCCACCGCUCAAGGGUGGGGGCCGGAGGGGAGAACAGUAGGUCCCCCCCAUUGUAAUUUAUGGCCCCCAUGGGGCCUGGGGGGCCUCAUUAUCUUUAUGGCCCCCACCCACCACCCAUGGGUGGGGGACGGGGGGGAAGGACAGUAGGUCCCCCCCUCAUUAUCUUUAUGGCCCCCACCUACCGCACAGGGGUGGGGGCCAGGGGGAGGACAGUAGGUUCCCCCCCCCCAUUAUCUUUAUGGACCCCACCCAUCGCACAGGGAUGGGGGGCAAUAGUUUUUUUUUUUUUUACAGUGAGCAGUAUAGCGAGUAGGGGCAUAAUUUACUAAUACUAAGUAAUCUUUACUUAGUAUUAGUAAAUGUGGCUGAAAGACCGUGGGAAUUAGGGAGUUAUCUACUAAGCGGCUGCAAGAUGCAGCCGCGGCAAUGAAUAGGAUUGGAGUUUCAUUCAUUCGAAUGAAAUUCCGAUACGAACAAAGUCCCAAAUUGCGUUCUAACACGAAUGGAGAAACUGUUAGAAGGCAAUUUGGCAGUUUUUCCGGCGUCAGGAAGCAUCGCGGGAACAGGGAGGAAAGCUAAGGAUUGUGGGAAAAUUGCUGUGACCACCAGAAACGAAGCACACUUUGCUCCUCUGCUCAUCACCGCUGGUCACGGCGUAGGAAACCUCCAUAAGAGAAACAGUCCCUACUUUUUCUUAAAGAACCACUAUAGUGCCAGGAAAACACAGAUCCUGAGAGAGGGAGAGAAGAGGAAUCGAUUGGGGAAAGGUAAGUUCGGCAUGACAGUGCCACUUUAAGGCUAAAGCCUUGGGUGUGUCUGGAACACCAGCGCCCAUGGAUAAAAUACUUUGUACAGCGCUACAGAAUUUGCUGGUGCUAUAUAAAUAAUAAAAUAAUAAUAACACACAUCAAACAGAAUUCACACACAACAUACAUCUGUAUCACAUACAUUCUACAAGACUAAAACGCUACACAUGCAGUACGCCAGCCACACACAUGUGUGUUUGUAAGGUAUGCAUUGUGUGUUUCUGUGUGAGUGUAGUAUGCAUUGUGUGUUUCUGUACAUUCUGUAUGUGUGUAGUGUGAAAAAAAGGGUUUGUGGGGUAGGAUAGGGGCUCAGAGGGGAGCAGCUCUUUAUUUUUAUUAUAUUUAUUUAUAUUUAAUUUUACAGGAGUCCCUGUAAUAAAACCAGCUAGCAGGAAGGGGCCCCUGUAAUAAAACCAGCUAAUAGGAAGGGGUCCCUGUAAAAAAAACAGCUAAUAGGAAGGGGCCUCUGUAAUAAAACCAGCUAAUAGGAAGGGGCCCCUGUAAUAAAACCAACGAAUAGGAAGGGGCCCCUGUAAUAAAACCAGCUAAUAGGAAGGGGCCCCUGUAAUAAAACCAACUAAUAGGAAGGGGCCCCUGUAAUAAAACCAACUAAUAGGAAGGGGUCCCUGUAAUAAAACCAACUAAUAGGAAGGGGCCCCUGUAACAAAACCAGCUAAUAGGAAGGGGCCCCUGUAAUAAAACCAGCGAAUAGGAAGGGGCCCCUGUAAUAAAACCAACUAAUAGGAAGGGGCUCCUGUAAUAAAACCAACUAAUAGGAAGGGGCCCCUGUAAUAAAACCAGCUAAUAGGAAGGGGUGCCUGUAAUAAAACCAGCUAAUAGGAAGGGGCCCCUGUAAUAAAACCAACUAAUAGGAAGGGGCCCCUGUAAUAAAACCAACUAAUAGGAAGGGGUCCCUGUAAUAAAACCAACUAAUAGGAAGGGGCCCCUGUAACAAAACCAACUAAUAGGAAGGGGCCCCUGUAAUAAAACCAACUAAUAGGAAGGGGCCCCUGUAAUAAAAUCAGCUAAUAGGAAGGGGUCCCUGUAAUAAAACCAGCUAACAGGAAGGGGCCUCUGUAAUAAAACCAACUAAUAGGAAGGGGCCCCUGUAAUAAAACCAACUAAUAGGAAGGGGCCCCUGUAAUAAAGUCAACUAAUAGGAAGGGGCCCCUGUAAUAAAACCAACUAAUAGGAAGGGGCCCCUGUAAUAAAGUCAGCUAAUAGGAAGGGGCCCCUGUAAUAAAACCAGCUAAUAGGAAGGGGCCCCUGUAAUAAAACCAGCUAAUAGGAGGGGCCCCUGUAAUAAAACCAACUAAUAGGAAGGGGCCCCUGUAAUAAAGUCAGCUAAUAGGAAGGGGCCCCUGUAAUAAAGUCAGCUAAUAGGAAGGGGCCCCUGUAAUAAAACCAACUAAUAGGAAGGGGCCCCUGUAAAAAAAACAGCUAAUAGAAAGGGGCCCCUGUAAUAAAGUCAGCUAAUAGGAAGGGGCCCCUGUAAUAAAACCAGCUAAUAGGAAGGGGCCCCUGUAAUAAAGCCAGCUAACAGGAAGGGGCCCCUGUAAUAAAACCAGCUAAUAGGAAGGGGACCCUGUAAUAAAGCCAGCUAACAGGAAGGGGCCCCUGUAAUAAAGUCAGCUAAUAGGAAGGGGGCCCUUUAGUAAAACUAGGUGACAAGAAGGGGCCUCUGUAGUGUUUUAGUAGUGUUUACGCCGGUGAGUGAUUUCCAAAUAUUUAAAAUAAGUAGCCAAUCAGGAGGAGAUAUCAAGUGCUCAGGUGCAUGCUGGGAAAUAUCAUGAUUUCAUAUCAAUAAAAUGAUUAAAAUAUCUCAAAUGCUGAAAAUAAUUCUUAAAGGAUCAAUACCAAAUUUAGAAAAUAUUUUAUACUUAAGUGAAAAUUCAAGGUGAAUUCAAAAUGAAUUUCAUAUUUAAGGUAAAAAAGCCAAACAGGGAAAAUCCCAUAAGUCAGCUAUGAUUUCAGUUCAAAUACCCUUGCCUUAAGUUUGCAAUUCCCUUAGAAUUCUCACCUUAGUAAAUCCCUGAUAGUCUACUUUACGUUAACAUGGAUUUUCUAUCUUGCAGUUUGACCACCUGGACUCGGAUUGGUUGGGUAUGCCCCCCGUUCCAUCUGCUCGGUGCCUGUUUGGCCUGGGAGAAUCAGAGAACUCUAUCUAUCUGAUUGGGGGCAAAGAAUUAAAAGAAGGGGAACAGAUAUUGGACUCCGUCUUGUGCUACGACCGCCCGUAAGUUUAAUAAUAAAACAUGCUAUUAGUCACAUGUUUGGUCAACAUUUGUAUCUAUGUGGACGCUUAGUGAUAACCAACAUUAAUUAGCCAAGAAUAUAUUUUAGAAUUCCUGACAAUCCCCAUGACAGAUAGCCUUAUCUGUAUAGAAACCCAUAAGGAUUUUUUUUUCUGUGUGUGUAAAUGAUCACUAUAAGCACCAUGACCACUUCAGUGAUUUGAAAUGGUCAUGGGGUUAUGAAUCUGUGUGUGCAAAAUUCCUGCUUAAAACACUGUAUGCGCAGAGAUAUAAUCACUUUUUUGCAGGAGCUAGUUACCCCCAGAACAUGAGAGGUAGGCAGCCCAUAACUGUGCUCCAGACUGCGUAAUAUCAACUCUGUGCAAAAAUGACGUCUGUUGUCAGUGUGCACCAAGUGUGCACAUAUUCUCCCUUGCCGGCGGUGCGCCUACAAGGGGAAGCUUGUUCUCCACCUGUGCACCACCACCUCCCCCCCUCCUCCAUAGUUUACAUUUUCUUUUUAUUUAAACCCUCCUUCCCUCUCUCCCCUUGAUGGCUUAAAGCGCAUGGAUCCAGUUGGAGCCAGUAGCGUAGUGUAAAUUAAAUAAAUAUAUGUGUCCUAAAGGGUUAAGUUACUGUGAUUUAUAGAUCUAUAAAAAAUCUUAAAAGACUUAUGAAUGUUUGGAUUUGUUAAAGAUCUGCUUUUGUUUUUCCAAAUCUAGGUCAUUUAAAUGGGGGGAGUCGGACCCUCUGCCUUACCAAGUCUAUGGACACACUGUGGUAUCACACAAUAACUUAGUCUAUGUUUUGGGUGGAAAAGGAAUCGACAAGUAAGUAAAACUGGGUAAAAUAAUGUCAAAUAAAAUUAUUUAAAGCGUGGAGGGGAGUUACAAUCAAUUUAAUGAUGUGAUAAAGACUAACUAUAAAGGAAGGUAUGUACUAAUAAUGUGAAAAAAACACAUAAUAACUGCUACUAUUACUGUGUAAUGAUUAAUCAAAUACUAAACUGUUACUAAAUGUUAUAACUGAAAACUAUACGAAUAAAUUAGAACUAUUUUAGCUCAUGUUAAAAAUGCACAAUAUCACGUUCAUUUAAGAUGUACAUUUCUUAAUUAGGGCUUGUGGUCGGUCUAGUUCGGUAGUUUUAAAACCGAACAAACUACCAAACAUAGUCAAUGUUCUUACCCUGGAACUUGUUCCCCUUGUUCGUGGGAACGUUUACACCGAACAGUGUCUUUCUAAGUUUUGUAGAACCGAACACAAGCGAUCAUGGAAGUCCAGCGGUGUUCAGGAGUUUCAGUAUCCAAAAAUAGUUCCAUGAACUCGACGACCAAACACCACUGCCUGCGUUCAUGCGAACAAGAUGGCCGCCACCUCGUGGUCGUCCAUAGGAAAUGCGGCCACCCAGAUGAACACUUAGAACACUGUGGUGGAAAUUGCUAAAAAGUAUCAAUUAGGCUUAACAAGCUCCAGGGUGGUCUCUGGUUUGUGCAGCUGUUCGGUUCCCGAACCAUAUAGUCCAAAUACACGAACGGAGACUUUUAUAUUACUUUUUACAGGGUCCAUAGUCUGUGGGCAGGAGGCUUGCAAGUAGGCUACUCCAGGAACUCGUGGCAAACUUACUUGAAAAGGGUAGUUUGUCACAGACACUGUUCUGAGACGCGUUUCACAGACACAGCUAUUCUUUUUAACAUUUACACACACAAGGUUAUGCACCAAAGGGAGAACGGUCGGGAAUUCAAAGUAAAUUCUAAUCUAAGGCCAAAGUAGUCAAACUGGAAGCAUAGUCUGAUUGGAGAAUGUUUCCAGCUCAGCUAUUUUGGCCUUUCAUUUGUAAUUCACUUGAAGUCCCAAUAAUUCUCGCUGUAGUGAAUAAACCUGAAAGUCUAAAGUAUAGCAAAUCAUUUAUAGAGCAGUAAAGGGAUCUAAUCUCUUACGGUCGUAACUUUUUAAAUUUAUAAAUUGGGUUUAAAAUUCCAGAUAUCUUUUACGCAGACAGGUUUUCAGACAAAUAUACUGACUUCAGCUCUGUUACGUAGUGAUGAUGGUCAUAGUUCGUCCAUUGGUUCAUAAUACAAAGGCCAACCGUACUAUUAGAAUAUUCAUCGAAUGAAAUGAGAUGCAGAAAUAUGUGCCAUCAAGUCUGUUUAUUUACUGUUGACAAUUAAACAUGGGACCUUGGUAAACACGAUACACAAUAGCAAGAAUCCCAGCAUCUGACGCAGGAUUGGCACGAUGCGGCACUUUUGGCUAAGUCCGGUUGCCUUGUAUCUUUACUGACAGAGAAUUGAUGCAAUGUUGGCUAAGCCCAGUUGUCUGGCGUCAGUAUUGACACUGGAAUGGAGCACAGCAUUACAAUGUGCACUAGAUUCAUGUCUGGAAAUAUGACAACAGGUCAAGGAUGAGCUAGAAACACGUCUUCAAACCUUCUAGUCUGAAAAACAAGAGGAUUCUCUGCUUUCCUCAGUGGAAUCUAUCGGCUCACAGUGAAAUCCACAGCUUUCCUGCUCUUACUGUACAGAGCUCUUCCUGUCGCUGAAAGGGAAAUUUUUAUAUUACGGACUGAAAAUAACGUGAAACUAACAUGACAGAUUGUUAUUUUGCCAUAUUUUGAGGGUACGUGGAUUUUACAGUGCAAUGAAAUGAAACUCAUGUGUCGAGGAAGCAGCAGUUUAUACGAGCACCUCAGCACUGCAAGAAUUAACUGGGAAAUACGAUCAUUAUAGUAACACAAAGCGUUUUGUUUCUCUGUAGAAAGUGCCUGAGCAGGGUUUGUGUGUAUAACCCACAGAAGUUUGAGUGGAAAGAUAUCGCACCUAUGAAGACUGCUCGUUCGCUAUUUGGUGCCACGAUUCACAAGGGGAAGAUCUUUGUAGCCGCUGGCGUUACGGAUACUGGUUUGACCAAUACAAUUGAAGCUUAUGACAUCAAGACCAAUAAGUGAGUAACUCCUAUUUAAUCAGUAGAAGUCUUUAUAAAUAGAUCACCUGCACACAUGGGCAUCCGCAGGAAUUUUUCCGGGACAUCAUCCAUGCUUGGCCCCUUUUUGACACAUUUGUAUUACUGACACUAUAGUGUUCCUUUAAGAAAAUUAAAGGAACAUUCUGGUCACCAUAACAACUUCAUCUAAAUGAAAAUGCUAUGAUGCCAGGAAGCCCCUGGGCGCUCACUUUCCUUUAAGAGGUUAAAUCGCUCUCAAAUGGUUUAACCCCAAAGGCUUCUUCCAGGUCCAGAUCUCCAGGUCACUCAGUGGUAUUCGGCUUCUGAAACGGAGUGUCAGGAAGUGCAGAUUGACGUCAGGCAUGGGUGCUGCUAAUUGGCUUGAGUGGUCAGUUGAUGCUCUAAGCCAAUCGCUAGUUCCCGGUUCAUAAAAAUGCUCUGUUGCCAGCACUCUGUGCUUCCUGACACUCAGUAAAUAAAAGUGAACACAUUAACACUGAUAUUUUUUUUUUACCUGGGGAGAUGAGAAGGUCCAGAGUUUCUCUGCCAGGCCCAGGUACCAAAGCCUUAUGAUGUGGUGUCCAGAAUAAAGUGGAGGUUCACUUCAUUUGUCCUUCCUGCUCCAAUCUCCUUUUCUUCUCAUUCAUUUGACAGUCUUCUUUUUCUUCUGACACUGUUUUCUAUCCUCCUUGGCUCCUUCUGCUCCUUUACCGUUCUGCUACUUUCUGCUUAUUUUGCUCCCCCCCUUCUGCUCCUUUCUCUUUCUGAUCCCUUUCUGCUCCUUGCAGACCCUUUUCUGCUCCUUCUCCUACUUUACAUUUGUGCUCCUUCUGAUUCUUUCUGCUCAUUUACCUUUGUGCUCCUUCUGCCCCUUCCAGCUCAUUGCUGACCCUUUGUGCUGCUUUCUGUUCCUUCUCCUAUUUUACCUUUGUGCUCCUUUGGUUCCUUCCUGCUCCUUGCUGGCACUUUCUGCUCCUUCUACUUUACCUUUGUGCUGUUUUACCUUCCAGCUCCUUGCUGACCUUUCCUGCCCCUUGCUGCUCAUUUCUGUUCCUUUGUACUCCUUCUCCUACUUUACCUUUUGUGCUCCAGCUUCCUAUCAGUCUCUCUCCAUACACAGCACCACUUACUGGCGCCGGUAUUGCAGUUCAUUUUAAAUCUCACACGAAAAAUAGCAGAACAAGCUGAAAAAUACAGAGGGGAGGGUAGUGCUAUGGAUGUUAGGCAACGGAUCAUAGAAUACAUACACAGCCAGGGUUAUUCAGUCUAAGCACCAAAAGAACUAUAGUUCAAUGAAGCAGUUUUGGUGUACAGAUUAUGCCCCUGCAGUCUCACUGCUCAAUUGUCUGGCAUUUAGGAAUUAAAUUACAUUUGUUUCUGUUUAUGCAGCCCUAACCUCCCCUGGCUGUGACUCUCACAGCCUGCAUGAAAAAAAUAAUUUCAUUUUCAAACAGAUGUAACAGCAUAGGGUGUAUGCUUGAGAGGUAUUUGUCUCCUGCUCUGUUACUUAAACUUUAAUCGCACACAGGGGGUUCAUGCAGGAUAUUAAAAGAGCAGGCGAUAGGAAAUUCUAAAUUAAACAGACUGUGCCACAAAGGAAAUUUAGACAUUAGAUUUCUCUACAGGAAGUGUUAAGGAAAACGGUGAAAGUCACAUGCAAGGGGGGCAUGACUAGGGCUGUAUAAAUAAAGUGAUUUAACUCCUGAAUGACAGAGAAUAAGCAGUGAGACUGAAGGGGCAUUAUCUAUACACCACAACCACUUCAUUAAGCUAGAGUUGUUUUGGUGCUUACAGUGUCCCUUUAAGGCCAAAAUAAAUAAUAGUCAGAGAAUGUGUUUAACUUGGCUAUUUUGGCUUAAUACUGUGAUGAAUUUAGUAAAAAAACAAAAACUAAUAACUUAAUACCACUGGUUCUUGAAACCUAGCUUGUGCCUAAAAAUUUGAUCCCUGUACUAUUUCCAGCAUGUCAUCCUUCAUUAGAACAGGCUUAUCCUAUAUUGGGUCCCAGACACAUGCCCACAAUAAAUGGGUCACUCAGCUGGUUCUACCCUUGAAGAUUGGGUUGCUGAAAGAUAAACAAAAAUGAGAUAAUAGAAGACAAGACCUAUUUAGUCUCCAGAAAUAAUGUAAAUGUCCUUAUUUUUAGGUGCGUUAUUUUAACCCCCCAAAAAAUUCAUGGUAAUUGGCAAAAGAAUUGAUUCUGAAAAAUUUGGUUUGGACCAAAUGCAUGAAAAAAUUGUUUGCACAGGUCUACCUAACGAGUUCUUUGGACUAUAAUCAGUCUUACAAGAUCACAUUUGGAAAGUCUACAGGAAAAUUCCUGUUGGAAUCCAUAGAGCGUCAAUAGGAACAUGACUGAAGAAAACGUCAAGGAAUCCUCUAUAAAUUCAUUUAUUCGACAUCACGCUAUUGUCAACUAGAAAGUGGUACCAAGUUGUUAAAGUUGAUUAAUCUAACGGAACGUUCCUAUUGAUUCCACUUGUUUCCAUGGUGACUACUUGUACCACUUUUGACCUUGUACCACUUUUUGGAUCAGAGCGCUUGGAAAAUUCUUCCGCAUCGAUAACUGGUCACCAUUAAUGACAUUCAGAGCCAUCUAAAUUCCCAUUAUUAAAUUAUUAUUAUUGCUAUUUACACAGUGCCAACCUAUUCCGCAGCACUUUACAAUAUUACGAAAGGGGAAAAUUUAGCAAUAAAUGAACUGUUUACAAAAUAUUUCAGAAACAAUAGUAAAAUACACGAUAAAAAAAAAUAAAAGGUCAUAUUAGAUGGUAAUGAUGUCUUUUCUCGAUUUUCCAGGUGGGAAGAUUUCACUGAGUUUGCGCAGGAACGCAGCUCUCUCAGUCUUGUCAGCAUGGACGGGACACUCUACGCAAUCGGAGGAUUUGCAACACUGGAGACUGAAACACAAGAACUGGUACCAACAGAGCUCAACGACAUUUGGAGGUGAGUCAAUAAUAUAAGGCAGAUAAAGGUCACAAUUUUUUUUUUUUAAAUAAACCACUUAACCCCUUAAGGACACAUAAAAUGUGUGACAUGUCAUGAUUCCCUUUUAUUCCAGAAGUUUGGUCCUUAAGGGGUUAAAGGGAUUCUAUAGAGAUAAGAAAAACAAAGCUGUUUUCCUGGCACUUUAGGCUCCUGGAGUGUCCCCCUCCCACUUACCUGAAUCCAGCACCGAUGUCCCUCGGCGCUGGCUUAGGAUCUGUCCAAACUCCUCCCCCGCCAACAUCAGCCGGCAGGGGAGACCUAAUGUGCAUGCGUGGCAAUGGCCGCUCGCACACAAGUCCUCCCCAUUAGAAAUUAUUUAAUGCUUUCCUAUGUGAAAAAUCUGACACUGGACGUCCAGCGUCAGAUAACUGACCAAAAGUCAGGUUGGAUUCCGGAAGCGCCCCCAGUGGCGGUCUGUUAAGACAGCCACAGAGGGCAGACUUAGAGCUGCAAUGUAAACAGUGCAGUUCUCUGGAACGGCAAUGUUUUACAUUGCAGCACUAAGUGCAAAAGGGUCACAGCACCCACUGGGUGACUACAGUGUCCCAUUAAAACAACUUUUUAACUGAGCAAAAUCCUGGAAAUCUUAGGUUUAUAACCACCACAACUAAGCCAAACACUGUCCUAUUGUGUACACGAGAUCUUCACAAGCUGAAAAAGACACAAAAACUAUAGCCUAUUCUGUGUAGCGACCAAAUAUAAUUAACAGUAAAACAUGCUCAUUUUAUUUUAGUAUAAUGUAAUGUGGGGGUGAGGUGAGAAUGUCUCGCUUGAGAAGAAAAUCCACUUCUGGGUACUGCACACACCUAUUAAAACUAGACUGGCAACACACCUCUAAACCAUCCUGCUUCUAAAUACACCAUGUAGUGGAUGUGAGUCACCGGCUGGGGAGUUCGGCAUUCUCACCGUGAGUUGGAGAGGGGGUAUAAGCUCCAGUCAUUGUGAUUAUACACAGCGCUCCCACAGCAUUUAUAUAGAUUUCCCAUAAUAUAGCCUUAUUGAAGACAACUGGCUUGGAGGAUUUCCCCAGUCUGCCUACUUGUGGCCUAAAUGUUUAAAUUAACAUCUCACCUGUUUGACUAAUUCUGCAUAUAGCGGAUUUCACAGUUUCCACUUUACAGGAUUAUUUACUAACGUGAGAACUCAAAGUGAAUUCGAAAUUCAAGGCCAGAGUAGCCGAACUAAAAGCAUAGCUGACAGAAAAUGUUUCUAAUUCAGCUAUUUGGGCCUUAAAUUUAAAAUGUACCUUGUAUUCCGACUUUAGUGAGUAACCUGUAUGUUCCCAGAACACAGUGAAAACACCAUAUCUUCCUCCACUGCUGCUGAGGUCAAACCAGACAUUUAAAUUCUGAUUGCAUAUAUAUUUGAAAAGAUUUUUUAAAUGUUUGCUUUUUUUUUUAAAAUCCCAUUUCAGGUAUAAUGAAGAGGAGAAGAAAUGGGAAGGCAUCCUCAAAGAAAUCCGAUUUGCAUCCGGAGCCACCUUCCUGGCUGCUCAUUUGAAUAUUCUCAGAUUAACAAAAAUGUAGACAAGCCCAAUCACACCAUAUGUUUUAUGAAAGAUCUAGACGCCGUGCGUAGAGUUAGUGCAGCCCGGUGAGACCUCGGCAUUGGAGGAAGGGCAUCGAUAUAUUACACUAUAAAUGAAAAGGUCACCCACUCAAAGAGGCUUAAAGCCAAUCUCCGUUAAUCUAACAAGUGUCUUACAACGACCACAACACAUGUACAUCGGAAGUCACUGAGUAAACACAGUCUCUAAACCCACUGCAAUGAGAGUAAGGGUAACCUUACCCUCCUAAAAAGAAACAUCAAAACUUCUAGAAAGUUGGCUCACAGAACAUUAAGUUAUAAUCUUCCCUGUAUUUAAAAGUCAAAUAGAUGAAAAGUAUUCUCCUUAAAGCAGAAGCGUGUCUCCGACGGCACCAGACGAGGCAGUGUUGGCAUUGUAGAAGUGAAAGAUCUACAGGUUUCAGAGUACUUCUUUUAACUUUUAUUCAAUAAAGUGAAUUUUUGGGAAUUCUAAGUGAUUUUCAAAUUUUACACCAGAAUAGCCAGACUGAAAAUAAAUGGAGAAUUAUUCCAAUUACGCUAUUGUGGUAUAAAACAUAAAAUGUAUUUGAAUUUUGAAUUCUUUACAUUUCACCCGGUAGCGAGAUUCUGCUUUGACAACGAUUUAUGGCUCCCUAGUUUUUUUAUUAUAAAAGGUUUAUUCUCCCAUUUCUAAGAAAUAGAAUAUUUUUAUUGAACUUACGAGGAGUUUCCACGAUCUAUUUUCGGAGCUGUAACUCCAGUUCUGGCAAACAGGUGGCGCUCCAAGUAUUGUGGAACAGCAGCUUUGAAGAAGUAAAUCAAGAAUAGUUUGAGAAUAACCAGUUGGAACACUUAGAUCUAAACUAUACCUUCCAUUGUAUUCAGGGUAACUAAGCUGUCAAACCCAUACCAGGCUAAAAUAAUUCAAUUGCAAACACCAAAAUUAUACUAUACACACUUUAAAAAAAAAAACAAAGUCCAAUUUUGCUUUAUACAACAAACGAAACCAUCUUUUUUUAUUGCACUAUUGGAAUUGCUAGGAAAUGGAAGAUCAUUUUCACGUCUGUUAGCGCCACCUUGUGUAUGGAUGUGAAAUGCAACCCCAUAUGCAUGAGAAUUAACUAAAAUAUAAAUCAUUUGCAUACGAGGGCAUGAUGAAUACAGAAACCAGUUACAAUAAAUAUAUUGGUAGAAUACAAUAUAGAUUGUUACAUGUAAUGCAAAUAAUCCAGCUCUUUCAUCUCACAAGAGACUUUUCCUUUAAUCGCUGGUUUUUUUUUUUUAUAUUAUAUAUUUUUGAAGGUGAACAUUUGUAGAAUUUUGAUAGAUUUUUUUCUUCUAAUACAAAUAAAGAUUGCAAGAGAAAAAAAAA